GAUUGUGAGCAUGACAAUGCCAGAGGAAGCCAUCUUCAAAAAGGGACCAUACCUAUCUCUCACUCUCUCCUUUUAAUGCCACUUUUCAUGUUGCAGUCGCUCGUAAAUGUUGGGCUUUGCAGUUGCCUCUAACCUGUUGGCAGCUCCAUCUGUCAGAGUACCCAGCUCCAGUGCAGUGCAGCUCCAGUGCGUGCGGGGUGCCGCCAAGGGCAACCGUCCCUGCCGCCAGGGCCCCACAGCCAGAGGACAGAGACUGAAUGUCUACAUCCACGAUGGCAUGAUCGCACACAAGGGGGACAUGAUUGUCAAGCAGAACCGACUCAAAUUCCACCCGGGACUCAAUGUGGUGUUCGGGCCCAGUCGACAGACGCUGAUUGCGGCUGUUGAGGGACGCGUCAUGCUGACACGGGAAAAAGUGAACCUGAACUUCCGCCACCCACGUGUGCAGAAGUUUUAUGAAGGGAGAAACACGGACGCCCUCUACAAGAAGUACUUCCAUGUCAUCCCAAAUCCACAGGGACAGACAUUCCGGCUUGUUUCACAGAUCUAGGACAUUGCGACGAAUGUUUACCAUUAGCAGAAUAAACGUGUUUGAUAUGUGUUACAA